GAGCCUGCAGACUAUUUUGCGAGGCGUGAAUUUGCGUUCAUUCUUGAGGAGGACGUGCAUCUUCGAUACCGCAGCUUUGACGAUCAAGCCGAAUUUGAGCACGAGCUGUGCAAAAUCAGUCCGCAUAAGUUGGAUAUCGGAGCUGUCUACUCUCACAAGCCAAAAGACAAUAAAAGCCACUCGCAUUUCAAAGCAGUCGAGCGUGAGCUCGUUUUCGAUAUCGAUCUUACGGAUUAUGACGAAGUGCGAAAAUGUUGCAAUGAGGCAAAGGUCUGCGCUAAAUGUUGGCGCUUUGUUUCGCUUGCUGUGCAGGUGCUCGACAAACUACUUGAAGAUCACUUCGGAUUCAAAGCUAGAAUGUGGGUGUUUUCUGGACGUCGAGGUGUUCACUGUUGGGUAGGAGACGAGAAGGCGAGGAAGUUGACAAAUGCCGGACGCUCUGCUGUCGCUGAAUAUCUUUCGCUUAUUGUGGGUGAUAAACUCGACAUGUAUGGCAGUCGGACAACUUUAGCCAAAAAAUCGCUUCCUCUUCACCCAAUGGUGGAGACCGCUUAUCGAGUAGCUAUGGACUGCGGUGAAAUUGAUGACAUGGUUGUCGAGCAGGGCUUGGCUGGAGCUUGA